UUGUCUCGCGUGACUUCACUCUCGAAGCGCGUUACCAACGCAACAGAUUUUCCUCCUUCGAAACGCAGUUUGUGACAUUUUCUUCUGCAGCACAGGCGUUACUUGCUCCUACUCACCAACAAAAGGCUGUCUAGCGGUGUAUUUCUUUUUUAUUAUUACAAGAUACCUGUGGUCGGGAUCGGGACCGCUGCUGUUUGUCCCGGCUGUCGAGACUGCUGUUAUUGCACUCACACAAUACAAUUUUGUACCUUCUCAGGAGGUUUGAUCAGUAUUAAAGAUUCAAUCCAGUUUUGAGUCGUCGUUACUGCAUAGUGAUAGAGGUCAAGUGUUACACUGCUAAAACUGAAGUGAUGCUUAAAAUAAUUUGUGGCUAUUCACUCAACAAAAGAUUUUCAAAAUGAAUGGAGUCACAAUAUUUGUGUGUGUCACCUUGUUUUCCUUUGGACAUUGCAAAUGUACAUCCAAUGACGGGUGUAAGUGCCAUGCACUCAAGUCGGUUGGGAUCUUGGCAAAUUGCUCGUCUCUUCACUUGGAAACAUGGCCGACAUUUUACAAUUUGGAUAUAGCUUGGAUCGAUAUAAGCAACAAUUCUUUGAUAGAUUCUCCAGUGAAAGGAACUUUACCCGAUCGGCUUCAAUGGAUGGAUAUGUCCUACAACAGAAUUACAAAUUUUCUAAACGGAACAUUCAGUGAGCUAAUCCAUCUAAAGGUACUAAAUAUCAGUAACAAUCAUUUGAUGCUAAACCACACCGUCUUCUACGAAAAUGUUUUCAAGGAUUUGAAAGCACUGGAAUAUCUGAACACGCAGAAUAAUUUCAUCAUGAAAGUGGCGUCCCACGACCAUAUCCAGAUAGAGCGAUCAAACAUCUAAUUUCACUCAAAUCGUUAAAAAUGGACGGAGUUCCGGGUUAUUAUUUUGGAUCGGGAUCUUUAAAAAAUCAUCAGUUAGAAAUAUUAAAUCUUAGCGGUGCAAGUGGAUUUUGUAGAAUAUCCAAUUUAUCUAGGAAUUUCUUCACUAACGUCCCUAGUAUCAAAGUUCUAGAUCUUAGCUACUGUUCAUUAAAUAAAACAACGAAGGGAUGUCUGAGGAUUUUGCAGAAUUUAACUCAUUUAGACAUAUCUCAUAACUACCAACUGACGAUGUGUGGACUAAAAAAUAUCGCAGAAGGUUUACAUUUUACAUCAAUAAAAGUGUUAUAAGCAAACACAAUUUAUUGUACAUUAGGAAGGGGAACGUACGUUGCAAUGAAUUUCUUAUCUGACUUGUAUAACACGCACCUGGAAGAACUUUACCUGGACGACAACAGAAUAGACUAUAUGCAUCCUGCUAUUUCUAACAUCAUCCCAUCAUCUCUUAAAAAAUUAUCACUCGUCGGAAAUCGAUUAACAGCAGGGAUCUACAUGUAUCGAGGCUUUUCCAUGAGGUUGGACUCGAGAGUUUGGAUAUUAGUUUUCAGCAUAGACAUCCGACAAAGCCUCCUAUACACGAACAGUACCUCUGUGAUGACUACAACAGGUCUCUUGAAUGUGAAUGCCGGAACAGAGAACCACAUCUAUACGACCAGGACCAAACAGAGGCGUUCACAAAAAAUACCAUGGGACAGAAAAUUAUAUCAUGUACCAAUGUAAGAACUGAUCUUAGUAUUCCUAGAAAUUUGAAAUCUCUGAAGUUUGAGUUUUCACACAUUGGCAGUACCAUAGGAGGCAUGUAUAUAGGGUAUUACCAUAAAAUUGAAAAUAUUAGUAUCAGAGGUAAUUCUUUUACGGAGUGGCUAGGACCAUUAUGCAAUGUUUCUACCAUUAAAUACAUGGACCUUUCUGAAAAUUUGUGUUCGAACGUUUCCAGUUAUUUCUUUGACAAUUUUUCAGGAUUGAAAAUUUUACUCUUGGAAUCGAAUUAUCUUGUGUAUCCAUUAUCACGAGAUGCGGAAGGUUUUAUUUUCAAAGGUCUAGUAAAUCUCAUACACCUUAGUCUAUACAACAACAGAAUCGAUGUGUUACCUCGAAUGAUAUUCAGAGGAUUAACGAGUUUGAAAACAUUAAACCUCAGUACCAAUGGACUGAGCGACAUAACGUUUACCAUGAACUUUUUCAAUUUGUCGACUUUAGAUCUUUCCAAUAACUAUAUAAGGUAUUUUUCUAGAGGAGCCAUGAAAGAACUUGAUGAUCAGCAUGGACUAUCAAUAAAUCUGAUCAACAACGCUUUGGUUUGUAAUUGCGAAUCUCUUCCCUUCUUAAAAUGGUACAGAGGACUACACAACAAGGAUAGUCGGAUACAGUUUACCAAACAACAGUUAUACAUGUGUAAAACAUUAGAUGAUACCAAGGUUAAAUUGUCAUCCGUCCUAGAGAAACUCUACAGAUUAGAGAAGGAUUGUCGCAAGACAGACAGUUAUGUUGUCAUAUUGUUAGCAUGUGGGAUCGUCGGCAUCUUGUUUGUGAUAGUCGGGUUUUUAUUCAAGAGACAUAAAUGGAAAAUACAGUAUUUUCUGUAUUUGGCCAAACGCGAAUUGAUGAAAAGAAAAUACGAACCACUGAGAAGAACCGAAGAAUAUAAAUAUGACGUUUUCAUAUCAUACGCCGACGAAGACAGACCAUUUGUAUUGGAACAGGUGAUGACAAAAUUGGAGGAAAAGUUUCGUGUGUGUAUUCAUGAUAAGGAUUUCAUUCCAGGUUCAGAUAUAGCAGACAACAUCAUUGGUGCCAUCAGAAACAGUAAAAAGACGGUGUUGAUUAUUUCUAAACACUUCAUUAAAUCUGAUUGGUGUAUGUAUGAAUUUAACAUGGCUCUCUCAGGGCCGUAAAUUACAUGGAGGCGGAGGAGGCAGCUGCCUCCUCCAACUUUUGAGCCAAAAAAAAUUAAAAUUUAAAGUUCAUUAGAAUUUAUGUUGUUUCCAAUAACUAAGAACAUGAUACCUCCCUUAAAAAGCAUUCCAAAUCUUUCUUUUAGAAUGAGUUAGUCAAGUAACAUCUUAGAAGGCCCUAGAAUCAAGGAUUUUGCACGAAACGUGUUCAGUGUGCACAAAAUGUGCUCAGCGUCUGGGCGGCCCCCAGACCCCCGCCUAAUUUCCUGCCUCCUCCAAAUUGAAGGUUAAUUUACGGCCCUGCUCUCUAUGAAGAGAAAUUUGCACGUCGGAUACAUUUACUAAUAUUCAUAUUUAGGGGGGAUAUUCCAAUGGAGCGUCUGCCUCUAAAAAUAGCGGAAGCCAGAGACUCAACCGUUUUUGCUGAUUUCCCAAGGAUUGCAGAGGACGAACCGAUCUUCUGGAACAUGCUAGAAAGAGCAAUACUGACUGAAACGGAGAUUUAGAUAUAUACAUGGCACACAUGUAUAUGCUUUCAUUUUGUUAAGAUGAUGUUUUAUGAAUUUAUUGGAAGUGUAUCAGCAAAAUGAAUGUACAUCAAUGGAAUGACGUCUGCACUGGUGUACGUACUAUAUCAGAAUGAUGUAGAUAUGCUUGAGUUUAUGCAUGUAUAACCGUAACUUUAUUUAGACUUAGUAAUGUUUUCCUUUUUCAGGAGAUGUGCCUUCUUACAAAAACACUGUAUAGUGCCUAGAUAUAGAUAUAGACCAUCUUAUACAUAGAUGCAAUCCACCUA